ACUCGAUGAUGUCGUGUCGAUCCUAGCAAUUCAUUAUAUUAUUCAUUCAUAUAGCAGCUGUAGCAAUUAGCAAACACUAAAAUCACAGAAUUGCAGAGAAAACUAUUCGUAAUCUGAAAGGAAUUUCCCAAAAUAUAUAAAAACUAAUCCAACAAAAUCAAAUCAGACAAACACCCCGCGUCUUCUUCAUCUUCUCUCUCCCACAAUCCAUAAACCCCCGUCUGUUCUUCACUGUUAUCACUUUUGCGCACAAUAUUGUCUCCACCGACAGACUGAAACCCCAACCAGAUUUGACUUCUGAGAAUCCGAUUAAAUCAGGCGUUGGUUCGUAUUUGAACAUCUUGUGGGACUAAUUCGGUUACAAAUUCGUGAAGAAAAAUGAUGUAAAUGAGCAGAAAUUACAGGAUUCGAGCAACAAUGAUCAGACUUAAGGAGAUAAAAUCUCUUCACUUUGAAAAACGAUGGGCGUUCCCCAUAGCCAUGGCUUCAAUCGUAUCUCUUUUCCUCUUCGCGACAUGUUUCAAUCUUGGCACUGUAUCUUCCUCAUACAAAACAAUUUUUCCAUCAUUCAAUCCUCGCAUCUCUGCAAAUAAAACCACCAUGAAUUUUUCUGAAGAAAACAUCCAAUCCCCACCUCCAUCUCCUCCACCUCUUCCUCGUUUUGCUUAUUUGGUAUCCGGGUCAAAAGGGGAUUUAAACAAGCUAUGGAGAACACUUCAAGCACUGUAUCAUCCAUGGAACUAUUACAUUCUCCAUCUCGAUCUCGAAUCCCCACCCGAAGAAAGAAUCGAACUCGCUUCACGGGUCGAAAACGAUCCGGUUUUUACUGCAAUCGGAAACGUUUACAUAAUCUCAAAAGCUAACAUGGUUACAUACAGAGGUCCAACAAUGGUGUCAAACACACUUCACGCAUGUGCCAUUCUUCUUAAAAAGAAUAAAGAUUGGGAUUGGUUUAUAAACCUCAGUGCCUCCGAUUACCCUCUCGUAACUCAAGAUGAUCUUAUUUUUGCAUUUCGUGAUCUUAAACGCGACCUCAACUUCAUCGAGCACACAAGCCAUUUAGGGUGGAAAGAGCACAAAAGGGCAAUGCCGUUGAUGGUGGACCCCGGACUAUACCAGAACACAAAGUCCGAUAUCUUUUGGGUGCAACCGAGAAGGGCUCUCCCGACAACCUUUAAAUUAUUUACAGGAUCGGCAUGGAUGAUUCUAUCGCGAUCAUUUGUGGAAUAUUGCAUAUGGGGAUGGGACAAUCUACCAAGAACUUUACUAAUGUACUACACGAAUUUUGUGUCGUCUCCGGAAGGUUACUUCCAAACAGUAAUCUGCAAUUCCCCGGAAUUUAUUCCAACAGUAGUAAACCAUGAUAUGCAUUAUAUUUCAUGGGACACUCCUCCAAAACAGCAUCCUCAUGUACUCACCUUAAAUGACACAACCAAAAUGAUAGCAAGUGGGGCCGCAUUUGGGCGUAAAUUUAAGGAAAAUAGUCUUGUUUUGGAUAGAAUUGAUAAGAUGUUGUUACACCGGAAGAAUGGGAGUUUCACACCUGGUGGGUGGUGUAAGGGUGACCCUAAAUGCAGUAAGGUGGGGAAACCAACACGGAUUAAACCGGGUCUAGGUGGUCAAAGGCUGAGUCAGCUUAUACGCAAGUUACUUGAACAACCCAAGUUUAAUGAAAGUCAAUGUCGAUAGAUGAUAUGCUUUUUAUGUAGAUUUCGGAAUUAGUGUUUACUACUUUACUAUAUGCCAUAUGCUAUAGCAUUUUUGUUGUCCAUCAAAGGAUUAAAUUUGAUUGAAUAUGCGACGUUUUUUUUUUGUUA